GAACAUAAAAAACUGAGGAGAUCAGUAAAAACAUGCAAAGAUUAGAGGCACUUGUCAGAUCUUCGGCCACUUGCCAUCUACAUCUCCACCAGCCACCAUGCCCUCCGCUUACUCCUUCAACGGAAGAGUUGCUCUGGUAACAGGGGGCGGCAGCGGCAUCGGGCGGGCCGCGUGUCAGCUGCUGGCCAGGGACGGCGCCCGCGUGGUGGUGACGGAUAGCAACCUGAAGGGGGCCGAAGAGACACUCCAGCUGAUACCAGGCUCGGGUCACCACCUGGCGCUGCAGAUGGACGUGACGCAGAAGGACGCCGUGAAGGCGGUCAUCGCUGUAGUCCGGGAGAAGCUCGGAGCCCCGCCCAGCCUCCUCGUGAACUCCGCGGGGAUCGCCAGCCUGCAGCCGUUUGUGGAGGUGAAAGAGGACCAUCUCAAUGCCAUUAUCGACGUCAAUCUUAAGGGCAUAUUCCUCGUGACUCAAGCCGUCACCAAGGCGUUGCUGGAGAAGAAGCAGGAGACAGAGGGAGAGACGGGCGCUGUGGUCAACAUAGCAAGCAUCUGUGGCAAGAAGGGUCUCAAAUACGCGAGUCACUACUCGGCAUCAAAGGGCGCCGUUAUUUCACUAACCAAAACUUGCGCUGCCGAGCUGGCCGGCGAGGGCAUCAGGGUGAACUGUGUGUUGCCUGGACUGACCGUCACGCCACUGACCCAAGCGGAGAGCUCGGAGGAGGAUGUGAAAUCAUAUGAAACCAGAAACCCACUUGGAAGACUUGCCAGGCCAGAGGAAGUGGCCGAGGUGGUGGUGUUCCUGCUGUCGGGGAGGAGCAGCUACAUGGUGGGCGCCUGCGUGGAGGUCACGGGCGGAACAGGAAUUCUUGGCAGCGUCAUGUCUCUCCACGACUUCAACGGCAGAGUGGCACUCGUCACGGGGGGCGGCAGCGGCAUCGGGCGGGCCACGUGUUUCCAGCUGGCCAAGAGCGGCGCCCGCGUGGUGGUGACGGACAUCAGCCUGAUGGCGGCGCAGCGGACCCUCAGACUGAUGCCGGGCUCGGGGCGUCACCUGGCGCUGCAGAUGGACGUAACACAGCUUCCCGCCGUGGAGGGAGUUAUCGCCGCAGCGCGGGAACAGCUCGGUGAGCCGCCGAGCCUUCUUGUCAACUCCGCGGGGAUCACCGGAGGCGCCGCGUGUCACCUCAUGGACGAGGAAGCCUUCGACAGCGUCAUCGAUGUUAAUCUGAAGGGCACGUUCCUAGUGAGUCAGGCGUUCACGAGGGCGCUGCUGGAAGAGCCAAGCAUCGGGAAUUGCCGCGGCACCAUCGUCAACGUGUCCAGCAUCGAGGGCAAGGCUGGUCCUCCGGGGCACUGCCACUACACGGCCAGCAAGGGCGGCGUGAACACCCUCACCAAGACGUGCGCCGCAGAGCUGGCAAAGAUGGGAGUGAGAGUGAACGCUGUGCUUCCCGGCGCCAUCAACACCCCCCUGAACGCAAGACUCACGCCCGAGGACAGGAAGAGUGUCAACGCCAAGAUCCCGCUGGGUCGGUUUGGGCGCGCUGAAGAGGUGGCCGAGGUGGUGGUGUUCCUCCUCUCCUGGCGAAGCAGCUACAUGACGGGGGCCUGCGUGGAGGUCACCGGCGGGCUGUGGAUGUGAGGCGGCGUGGACACACAACACAACCACCCCGGAAGGAGCAACAAAAUAACCCCGGCAGGAGCACACGGGCCCUGAGGGAGGCGAGGGACCGGCAGCCUUGUUUCGUCGUUAUGAGCUUGAUUUCACGCAGCACCCGUAUUGUUAUUGUUGUUAUUUUUUCCUUCCUCUUGUACUUAAUUUACCUACUAUUGUUUUGUCUGUGUUUAAGUGUGUCUGCGUGCGUGUGUGUGAACGUUGUGUGUGUGUGUGUGUGUGUGUGUGUAUACUUGAGUGACUAUGAGUAUACUUCUCCCUCACUGAAGCGCCCCUCCACCGCCCACGCGCCUUUUACAUAAAUAAACAAUAAAGCCA